AUGGAAGAGGAGAAGCCCUUAUCAUCCCUACGUUUAUCACCACACCAUGUGCUACACUCCCUGACCAUCUGCAAAAAGAAAUCCAUAUUUGGAACAGUCACCCCAAGUGGAGGUGAAGAAAAGACGAGGAACCUACUGGAAGAGCUCUACCAGAAGGGAGAAGUAUCGAGGAUGACUUCUUUUCCAAAAUAUGGCUUUUUUAAAAACACAGACGGGUUGCUACAUUUAGAAAAAAUAUACACCAUAGCGAGAAGAGGGAGGUGGAAGAGUACCACCCCCCCCUGGAGUUCCCUACUGCAGGAAGAUCAAUUGGAGAAGUACAUUAACCAAAUAGAGGACCUUAACGGAUUAUACAGCGAAGAACUGACGGCCAGGCUGUAUGCCAUGAAGAAGACAGAAGAGAAGCGAUAUCUAGAUCGGUUUAGUCCCUCCCAGUAUGCCAACUCAUGUAUUUUUUUAUUUCCUCCACCGAACUUGUCAGGAGAGUUACACGCGGGGCACUACUUUAACUUCUUUCAGCUCCACGUCCUCUUACUCUUCAGUAGGCACAUCUGGUCUAGGUUCUCCCUGGGGUUGUACGGCGCAGACCACGGAGGACUCAGCGCUCACGCCGCGUUCUCCAGAGUGGCCAACCCAGAGUGGACCAGAGAAAAGUACCUUUGCGAAAUAAAGCAGUGGCAGGAAAAGCUAAAGGAGAAGAUCCUCACGUGCAUGCAAAAAAUGAAUAUCGUAGUGGACAGGAGCCGCUUCUGCGCCACCAUGGAUGGAAAUAUGAAGAAUAUUGUCACGGCGGCUUUCCACUCACUGUAUAGGAACAACUUCAUCGUGAAGAAACUCUACCCUGUGUAUUAUUGCCCCCGAUUGGGAACCAUCGUUUCCAAGCUGGACGUAGAAUUCAGGGAGGCGCUCCGGCCCAGAUGGAGGGUAACACUACGCCUGGUGGAUGGUGAGGAAGAAUCACACAUAGGCACGUCGAGUGACUCCCCCCAUGGGGAUACCAGCCUUCCGGGGAAGAAAUCAGAAGACACACUGGGGGAACUGCCCCGCUGUAUGGAUCCAAACAAUUCCCAGCAAACGAAUGAGGUGAAGUUUUUCCCACAAAGCUCCCACCAUUUUUUCUACAUAAAAGAUACGCAUGACGUGCCACCUGAAGAUACUCCAUCCCAGUGCAUCCAUGUCGAAUUGGCCAACCUGGAAGAGUUAAAAAGAGUAGUAGGUAUUUUGCACUUCUCUCCAAAGAGGGAGAAGCACUAUAGGGGCAAGUACGCCUUACUGCCCCUCCUAAACAAGGGGGUACCUCUCAUUUGUGCUAACGAGCGGAACGUUCUGCCCCUACUGGGAAGUAGGAAGAUGGAGAAUGGAACUCUGCAUGAAAUGGGCCACGGUGAAAGCGCUGGAGAUGUAUUCAUCCCGCUGUUUUCCAAAAAGGAGGAUUAUAAUCACUAUGCGGAUGGGACAAGUUACACUGCCCAAUCAGACACAUCACAUUGCGCCAAACGAGAGAAACAUACCGUGCUUAAAGAGACGAAAAAGUGUCAAGCGGAGCAGGGACUUCUCCGUCUCGUGGAACACCUCCUGCAGAGCGGCCUAGCCAAAGAGGUAACCCCACAGGAGACUCAACUGAAGAGUGCCUUUUAUAAGGAUAAUGAAUGUGUACUUACUCUGGCUGAACAGUGGUGCCUCCACUAUGACAGGCUUAGCAAGAUAUUUUUUGAUGGCCCCCAUGGAGGGGAAAAAGGAAACUACAGAAUAAUCCCUUCCAAGUAUCGUGACUACUUCACAGGGGUAGUUCCCCCCCCCGUUGAGUGGACGUUAAGCAGGCAGGUCCCCUACGGGCACCGAGUGCCUCUAUUUAAGUAUGAGCCUCCCGAGGGGGUCUGCCCCUCCUCCCAAAAGGGUGUCUCCCCCUCCUGCUAUGUGUACGGAAACGACGUGGACGAAGCUUACAAGAGUUUAUCCCAAUCGGAGCUAUUCCAACAUAGCCAAGUAAGGAGGGAGCUUCUAAAACAGGAGGAGGACGUAUUAGACAGCUGGUUUUCGUCCUCCCUGUACCCGUUACACUGCAUCAAGCAGUUGGGGGUUGAUCUGCCUCACUUCCUGCGGGUCAGGAAAUGCCUGGUGGAUUUCCUCCUCACAGGGAAGGACAUCCUGCAGCCGUGGGUGGUGCGAAGCUUCGUUCUGCUGCACUAUGUGAUGGGGCGUCUGGGGGAGGACGAACACGCUGAGAAGAGCCGCCCGAAGAGCGGCCCAAACAGUGACCAAAACAGCUGCCCCAACAAGCGCAUCGAUUGUUUACCCCCUCCCCUCGUGGGCACCGUCAAGUUCCACGGCAUCUUAAAGGACCAAGCGGGCCGAAAAAUCAGCAAAAGCGAAACGAACGCAACUUACUACGACAGCCUCGUGCGGGAAGCAAACGUAGACCAAGUGAGACUCUCCUUCUGUUUUAUCCAAAGGGAUACGGAGGAUGUCCACCUAAGUGAGAACAUCAAUCGGAAGAGCAGAAAAUUGUUGACAAAGUUAUGGAGCAUCGCAAAGUAUAUCAAAGAGAAGUGCCCCCCCCAGUCGUACGAGCAAAUUGAUACAUCCUCCUGGUCCAACCCUAACCUGAUGAUACUUACCCAUUUGGAGAAGAGCCCCCAUAAGAGGAUCUCCAGCAUCGGCACCUUUCGCAGCUACCUCCACAUGGUGAAUUCGGUUCUCUGCGAGAUGAAAGAUUAUAACGUGGGGAGGGCCAUCAACAUCAUUUUCAAUUUUGUGAUGAAUAUUUUUUCCAAGUUUUAUUUGACUCUCCAUUCGAGUGGCCACUUCAGCGAUGGAGAGGACGAAGGGGUUGGCAUGGUUAGCAACUUCCUUCUCGUUUAUAUCUUCAGGGGGAUCCUAAAAAUCCUUUUCCCCUUCGUUCCACACAUAGCAGAAGUGCUCUUCAUUAGGCUUUUUCCAAGGGAGAAAAUAGACAGAGUUCAAAAAUGGCAAUCACUCCAUGUAUCCACCCCGCUAUCCAGCAACUACGAUUUGAUGAAAAAUGAAAUGCUUCCCCAAUUUGAGGAUAAGUCUCCCCUUGAUAAGUCAUUUGACGCCUUUAUGCAGAUAUACACUCUCCUAGCGAAGUACAAAAAGGGGAAGAAAUACUACUCCCACCAGGGAUGCACCUUCCAUGUCUAUCUCAAGCAGAAUCAUGAAGAUGCAGUGCCAAUCAAAUACUUCAAAAAUGAAGAAGCCUUUUUGGGGAAAUCCCUCGGAGUGAAUGUCCGAUUUUCACUUGCUCGUAAACCUGGGCUGGAGGGCUACUCCUCCCCUUCUCACCCGCCUACCACAUGGCAAAUAAUCCAUGACGGCCCAUCCUUCACCAUUACACUUGGGGGGGGAUCGCCCUAG